UUUUCUUCUGGGACUAAAUUACACUCUCGCACGUGUAUAAACUAUUAUAAUAGUAUAUCAUCGGUAAUUAAAAGGAUUUGAAUGUGAAUAGUGACAAAUAACGUUAAUAAAACGCUCUCGAUUUACUGUGAAUUUUUAUAAUUUCUUCUGAUCAUACCAAUCGCUACCAUGAAUGCCGACAAGCUUAAAAAAUUACAAGCUCAAGUGCGUAUUGGUGGUAAAGGAACACCCCGCAGAAAAAAGAAAGUCGUUCACGCAACUGCGGCUACCGAUGACAAAAAAUUGCAAAGUUCUCUGAAGAAAUUAUCGGUGAACACGAUUCCUGGCAUUGAAGAAGUAAACAUGAUUAAAGAUGAUGGAACUGUGAUUCACUUUAACAAUCCGAAAGCCCAAGCUUCUUUGGCUGCGAAUACUUUUGCUAUUACAGGACAUGGCGAAAAUAAACAGAUUACUGAUAUGCUUCCCGGUAUUUUAAAUCAGCUGGGGCCAGAAGGUUUGACACAGUUGAAAAGGCUAGCAUCCUCUGUUUCCGGAGGAGCAACUGGAAAAGCUACAAUUGAGGAAGAUGAUGAAGUUCCUGUUUUGGUUGAAAAUUUUGAUGAAGCCAGUAAGAAAGAAGUAUCAAGCGCUUCAAAAGAUAAUUAUGCUGAUGUUGCUAAGGAAAAAUAUGUUUCAACAUGAAUCUCCUGUGUGAAGCAAACCUCUUAGAUUUUGUUAUAAGAAUUACUAAAUUUUUUAAAUAUAAUUUC